AUGGAGCAGGAACUACUUUCAACUGCGGAUGAACAUUGUUUUAUAGUCGUUAUCCGUAUAAUAACCCUGUCACCCUGGCAACCGUACAUUCAGAGGGAGGUAUCAUCGGGGAGAAGUAGGUCACAGGACUCAAGGAAGCUGUAAGUAACAUCUAACGUUGUCAGUAUUCUUAGUCAAAAUAACAAGUCCCUAACCCCUUAUGACUUUUGAAUUUGUCUUGCUUCAAUUUUAUCUCACCAAUUUGCGGAUUUCGUGGUUAUAAACUGUUCCCGUUUUCGGAAUCAAGUUAUAAACAAUAAUAAGCUAGCUGUCGACAUCGCACAGUUGGACUACUGGGUUGGGUCCUGAUGGAAAUGGGGCAACAAUCGAGGGGUUGGUAAAUUUUACCGAAGCAACCAGGUCUUAUCCUACCAGUGGUACAAUAUUUCCAGUUAUCUUGUCUAUUAGCGAGUGACGUUAGCCGAACAAAAAACCCAGCAGCGUAUUGUAAAAUGGCGCAGUUCCUCGAAACACUCCCCACAGACACUAAACCAGGUCAUAGCUUGAUAGGACAGAAAACACUCUACAUACUAAAUUCACCUGACAAUUGUUUUGACAAUGAAUACAUUGAAAUUCAGACGUCAUAUAAAAUCUGCUUAAAUAAAUUGAAUUUGGAUGUCACAUGUAAUUUGAACAAUAAGCGGAUCACAUUCUAAAUUAUCGUCGAUUGACAAGCUCAUUCUAUUGUCAUUCUCAAGAAAAGACAAGACAAUUUCUGCAAUAUAUUCUGGAACAACACGGAAACCUGGUGAAAGGGCUGACACUGGUUUAUUAGCCAAAAUUCAAAAAAGUAUCCAGGGAUGGUAACACAAUCUGUGAUCUUAUUUUCACAGGUGUAAACAUGCAGAUCUUCGUGAAGACCCUUACUGGCAAGACCAUCACCCUUGA